AUGGCAGCCGAAAAGGUAUAUGAGGAGAGUGAUCAAGGGCUGAACCUAGUCAGCGAGCUCGUCUGUGACCUUGACCAGCAAGCAACCCGAUCGAUACUCACAAUGCGAUUCUUCGCUGCUCUCGUCGCUAUGCUCUCUGUUGUGCCUUUCAAGGUGCAGGCGGCCGCUGUGAAGCGUACUAACUUCGGCAUGGACACUUUCUUAACCCCGAGUACGGUCUGCCCCACUAGUGUUGGCGAAUGCUUCGGUGCUAGCAACGGCGAAUCGUUCCUCUCCUUCGACAUCCACUGCUUCAGCUAG